CGCGCACACACACGAACACAAAGUACACGCGCAGGCACUGCUUGUUUCCUCGCGUGGCUGAAGGUGUUUGAUAACAGAAGAAGACAGCAGACUCCAGCGCGCGGUAUCUUCUGGGCCUGGCGGGGAGCGCUCGGCAUGCAGACCUUCAUCUACUCCGCCUAUCAUAACUUCUUCCAGGCGCUAUAGCCGCCGUCGCUGCAGUUCAGGCCGACAUGCCUGAGUGCCAGUGGUUCCACCCGACAUGCCUGAGUGCCAGUGGUUCAAACCGACAUGCCUGAGUGCCAGUGGUUCCACCCGACAUGCCUGAGUGCCAGUGGUUCAAACCAACAUGCCUGAGUGCCAGCAGCUCAAACCAACAUGUCUGGGUGCUAGUGGUUCCACAGGCAUACCUGAGAGCCAGUGGUUCCACCCGACAUGCCCAAUGCCAGUGGUUUCACCCUGAGUUACAGUGACUCAGGGUUUCACCCUGAGUUACAGUGACUGGAGCUGGCAUGCCAGAUAGCCAGUGGCACCGGACUGUGACUCUCAGCGUCAUCAGUGGCACCUGCAUGACAAGUACUUUCCUCAGACUUUCUAACCUUCGCCAGAACACGACCUGAACUUGGACAUCAACAGGACCACCCCCCUCCACUCGGGUGAUGCGCAGCUAGUGCAGCGGCGGUCGCUAUACCUUGCUGCCAACGUACCUUCCUUGCGCAGCUACAGAAAGCAGACACGGUGCUUGUGAUCCGGCCAUCUCUGUGGCGCAAGAGCUUGCAGACCCGAACGCUAAAGUGACCAGACUAUUCCACGAUGUUCCACGUACAGUGACGAAAGGAUGUCUGGUCUGUGAUCAUGUCGCCUAGUCUGCUGCAGACAGUGCCAAGGAUCAGACUACGCUUGCCAAAGCCUAACACUACCUAACACCUGUCGACUUGCUGACUUGUGGAGAUGUAAAGCCGGACGACUAUCACCGUAUUACAGCCGCUGCGGCCUCAACCUGCGACCGUGCUUCACGCGAUAUCGUAACACCAGUUUUGCUAUUGCUAACACCAUGAGUAUGCCAUCUGCUGACAAGCCAGAGGAGGUCAGCAGAGAGGAGUGGAUACAGCGGCUGCAAAACACUCAUAUCACACGUGCAGACAUGAACAAACUCAUAAUGAAUUAUCUUGUUACUGAAGGUUUCAAAGAAGCAGCAGAAAAGUUUCGGAUGGAAGCAGGUGUUACACCUCCAAUUGAGCUAGAGGCCCUAGACAACAGAAUUCAGCUACGUUCGCUUGUACAGAAUGGACGCAUCCAGGAAGCCAUCUUAAUGGUCAACAAACUUUAUCCUGAGCUGCUGGACAACGACCGUUAUCUCUUCUUUAGACUUCAGCAACAGAAGCUCAUAGAAUUAAUCCGAGAUAAGGACAUAGAAGGAGCAUUAGAAUAUGCACAGAACUACUUAUCAGAGAGAGGAGAGGAAAACCCUGAUGUCCUUAAUGAGCUGGAGAAAACACUGGCAUUGCUGGCCUUUGAAAACCCAGAAAACUCGCCAUUUGGUGAGCUGCUUCACCCAUCACAAAGACAGAAGGUUGCUAGUGAGCUGAAUGCAGCUAUACUUGAACUAGAUGCUACCCCACGUCUGGCCAGUCUACUGAAACUUCUGCUGUGGGGUCAAGUAGAAUUAGACAAGCGCAAAGUCAAGUACCCACAUAUGACAGACAUUGCCCAAGGCAAGAUUGAAGAUCCUAAGUGACUUGCCUGUGAAGUAAUGUAUCAUAAGCAUGAUUAAGAUUUGCAAAGACCCUGUGUAGCAUGCAUGUGGUUGGAGAGACCUGAUUAAUUCAGAAUGGCAGAUGAAGUCUAUUUUUGGAUUUAUGUAUGCAUCUGCAGUCAUGUUUGUACAGAUGUGUGCAUUGUGUACAUACGUUUGAAUGUAAGGAUGCAUGAUACAAAUGCUUCAGAGGUGUGCAUUUUCUACACAGAAUUUAUAAAUUGCCAGUCAGUCCAUACUAGUAUUGCUCAAUGAAUCACACUUAUUUACUUGAUAACAAAUUUCUUAUACUGCAAUAUCAGUGUUAAAAGAUACAGAAAGAUAAUGCACAGAAUUAUCUGUCACUGUGUCAGCUACACAGUUAAUUUAAGUGAUCGUGUGUGAAUAGUUUAUAACGUCUUGAACUGCAUGAAAGCAUCAAUAAAGGAAGGCAGAUAAAGAACAUCCAUGGAGGCUUACCAGUAUGGGUUCUGCAGCACUGCCAUCUACAAUUUGCUGUUGUCUUGCACUGUUUAAGAGAUUUCUGGAGGUAGAUGUUUGUUACAAGAUAAAUUUGUUGACAAAAGAAACUUGUUACCUUUUUAUUAUGUUCAUGUAAAUAAAGUGAUAAUCGUGAUAAUCGGUUGAUAAUCUAUUUUUACCCCAGGGUGAAGUCAGUGUGUGUGUGGAAGUGCAUUUGUAUGCAUCCUUCCAUGGUUAACAAUCACACUCACCAAGUCAUUUUAAUAAAGAGAAGAUGCUUUUGCCAGA